AUUUAAAGGUAACUACUUACAACACAAUUCAACUACCUCGUACUAUGUAGGCCAAGUUCAACGUUUAGCGCAACGUUUCGAAAUUGUUUGGAUGAGGUUGAGAACCUAACCAUGGUUUCUUCUUAGCCCUUGCUUUUACCAAACUCGCAUUUAUCUCUUUGCUGUUUGCAAUUGCCAAAAAGAAUUCAAUCCACUUUCUUAUCUCUCCAUCCGUAAAAUCCAGAAGGGAAGAAAGUGAGAGAGGGGGUACAAAAAAAGUCGUUCUGCGGCCACGAUAUAAAUCCCUAUGCCGGUUUCGCAUUGUGUGCUUCGCUUGCAUGUUGUUUGUAUUCUUGGUAUCAAAUUGCGGUACUCGCUUCUGGGUCGUGUUGGCGAGGCAUGGCGGCCAAGAAACUGUGUGAGUCUUUCUCCAAAAGCUUUAUCGAGGAGGUGCAACGAUGGGGGUGUAUGAAGCAGACUGGGGUGAGCUUGAGGUACAUGAUGGAGUUUGGGUCCGAUCCCAGCCACAGGAAUUUGCUAAUCUCCGCUCAGUUUCUUCACAAGGAGCUCCCCAUUAGAAUUGCCAGGAGGGCCAUCGAGCUCGAAAGCCUGCCUUAUAGCUUAUCUGAAAAACCUGCCGUUUUGAAGGUUCGAGAUUGGUAUCUUGAUUCUUAUCGCGACCUUAGAUCCUUUCCCGAGAUCAAGGACACAAAUGAUGAGAAGGACUUUACUCAAAUGAUUAAGGCAAUCAAGGUGAGACACAACAAUGUGGUCCCUAUGAUGGCUUUGGGGGUUCAACAGUUGAAGAAAGACAUGGAUCCGAAGAUCGUCUACGAGGAUCUUGAUGAGAUUGAUCGGUUUCUAGAUCGCUUUUACAUGUCAAGAAUAGGGAUUCGCAUGCUUAUUGGGCAACAUGUGGAGUUGCACAAUCCUAAUCCCCCUCCUCAUUGUGUGGGUUAUAUACAUACAAAAAUGUCUCCAUUGGAGGUAGCACGAACUGCCAGUGAAGAUGCCCGUGCUAUUUGUUUGCGCGAGUAUGGCAGUGCCCCCAAUGUUAAUAUAUAUGGGGAUCCUAUUUUUACAUUUCCGUACGUUCCAACACACUUGCAUCUUAUGGUGUUUGAGUUGGUCAAGAACUCCUUGCGUGCUGUCCAAGAGCGUUUCAUGGACUCGGACAAAGUUGCACCUCCUAUUAGAAUAAUAGUGGCUGGUGGUGUAGAAGAUGUUACUAUCAAGGUAUCGGAUGAAGGAGGCGGCAUACCAAGAAGUGGGCUCUCCAAAAUUUUCACAUAUCUUUACAGCACUGCAAAAAACCCAAUGGAUGAGGACUCAGAUCUUGUUACUGCUAAUGCAGUGACAAUGGCUGGAUAUGGAUAUGGACUUCCAAUAAGUCGCCUGUAUGCUCGGUAUUUUGGAGGAGAUCUCCAAAUUAUCUCUAUGGAAGGAUAUGGGACUGAUGCAUAUCUCCAUCUCUCUCGCUUGGGAGAUUCGCAAGAACCAUUGUCAUGAACCUAAGCUGCAGCUCUAAAAAGUCAACAAUACAUUGCAGUUUCAUGAUAACUCAUGGAAAUAUAAAAUAAUAAAACGAGGGCAAAUGUUUGGAUGUAAAAGAGACGGAUUACUGUCAAUUUUCAAGCCUAAUAAAUUGGCAGUUGCGUA